UCAGUGUGGUACUGAAGAUACAAACAAAGCUGUCGUUACCCACCAUACCUCUCGCUCUGUCUAUCUUCUUCAACCUUUAAGCAUUCAAUUUCAACCUCCAAAGAGCUCCUUCCCUUUCCAAUUUCUCAGCAAAAUAAAAAAUACAAUAAAUUUAAACCGGCUAAUGAACAUGCUGCAACUGUGUUGCUCUUAUCUUUGUUAGUAACUUUGAAGAAAUGACUCUUUCAUUUUAGUCUGAAUUCUCCUCUGGCUCUACUUGUCUUUUUUCAAAGUCUUGUAUUUCACUUUGCAGCAAUAUAACAGUGAUGUUAACUAUUAAAUGGCAUGGACGUGGACAAGGCUGUGCCUCAUUUCUAUCUUCUCCAAUACUAAAACCCAAUACCAGGAAGAAAACUAAAGUAAUCAAGCUAAACAUAUCAACUCCAUCUGAGUCAAAUGUAAAGAAAGCAAAUUUAUCAGCCACAAGGAAAGAAAGAAUUAAGCUUCCAAAUUAUGAUGAUGAUUGCUGUGGGGGCAAGACAUUUCAUAUUAGUGAAUUUCUAUGCCACCCUUCUGGAAUUCAAGCAAUGCUCAAUACAAGUUCCUUGCAAAGUUUUCAAGCUCUUGACACUAACACUUACAGGUGCUUUCUUCCAAAAGUUCAACUUCUAAAUUUUGAAGCGGCCCCUGUGCUGGACUUACGAGUGACCCCAACAAAUGAAGAUUGUACAGUUGAGAUGCUUUCUUGCAAGUUUGAGGGUUCAGAGAUCGUGGAACGACAAAACAACCAUUUUUCAGCUUCGAUGCUAAAUCACAUGACAUGGGAGACGAAUGAUUUUGAAUCAUUUUUGGAGGUUGAGAUUUACACACGCCCAUUUACUAUGUUGCCUGUAUCAUCUGUUGAGCGUCCUGGAAAUUUAAUGAUGCAAGCUCUGGUGGAUAGGCUCUUCCCAUUACAUAUACAGCAACUACUACAAGAUUAUGACAAAUGGGUUCAUCAGCAAUUGGAUAUUUUAUGAAGUCUGUCCUCCAUCUACUUUUACAAUUUUGUAGGUUUUGGUAACCUAUCGCUUGGAUAAGAGAAACGUCAGAUUUGGUGAUAUUUUUUCUCAUUAUUGAAAAAGAAUCCAUUGUUUCUUUUAGUUUUGCAAGAACAUUACAGCGCACAUCAAAGAGAUCUAUGUUUUUCCUAAUCUGGUUACCCAAGCAUCUUUCUGCCAUUUCUUAAUUAGAAGCAUUCUUAUAUCACCACUUGUAUGACUAGCCAAGUUGUUCAUAUUAAUUUCCUUCAAUAUUUUAAUAA